CAACUUUCUCUCCUGCUUGCAUUUAUACACUACAAGUGCAGUCAAGGUACUGAGAUACAGACAGAGGCUGGGCCCACAAACACAGUGACAACUAGGCUCUGUUAUUAGCAAAUCUUUGUAGAGGGACACACAGUGACAACUAGGCUCUGUUAUUAGCGAGUCUUUGUAGAGGGACACACAGUGAGGAACCUCUCUGGGACCCCUGGUUAAGGAACUUGAGCACAGGAACCAUGAGUUUGGGUGAAGACAAUGUUGAUGUGGAACGGCUUCUUGGCAGAACAGGAACUGAUGAGGGAACUGUAAGUUCAAGCGAGACUACAACAACAAACCCAACUCCUAACAGGGGGACUACAGUUCCAGACCCACGAACCCCAGCUGCAGCUACACGAACCCCAGCUGCAGCUACACGAACCCCAGCUGCAGCUGCACGAACCCCAGCUGCAGCUGCACGGACCCCUGCUCCUGCACCACGGACCUCAAAUCCUGCCCCCGGAACCUCAAACCCAGUUCCACGAACAGCAGCUCCUGCUACACGUCCUACAGCAAAUGCCACACGGGCUCCAGGGCCAGUUCGGACUCCAGCGUCAAGACCUCCAGGUCCUACUAGUACUCCUGGCCCUCUUCGAGGAACGCCCAGACCUAGGCCAGGACCUCCACCAAAUUACAAGCCUAUAUUUAGACUGAGAAGAUACUGUGUCCCAAUUACUGCAGCAGUACUGGUUCUGACUUCAAUUGUAGUCAUAUCUAUACUUGUUAAGGUUGUAUUGGAUAAUUACUACCUAUUCUGCAUGAAAUCAUUCAAAUUCAUCCCUUUGGACAAGUGGUGCGAUGGCGUUGCUGACUGCGCAGGUAAUGAAGAUGAGAAUCGAUGUGUUCAGUCUGCUGAAGUCACCACAUCCUCUAUAGUAAGAAUCUCCAACGCGGGCUCCGUUCUGCAAGUCUUUGCAGCAUCUGCAAAUGUCUGGACUUUGGUCUGCACUGAUAACUGGGACAAUAACCGAGCUAAAGCAGUGUGUGCACAGCUGGGAUACUACAGUGAGCCAAAAUCCAGUGCAGUGGCUGUGUCAGAUUUGCAAAAUUCUGCUUCCACUGUUUACAGUAACAUCCAGGUCUCGAGUGAUCGCAGCAUUCAAGCAACUCCCAUUGGAGGAGGGGGGACUUGUCUCAAAGGCAGCGUUGUAUCACUUUCUUGUCUUGACUGUGGCUCUGAACUAAAACGGGGACGGAUUGUGGGUGGCACAACUACCACCAUAGACAAGUGGCCAUGGCAGGUCAGCCUGCAGUAUAUGGGUCAGCACACGUGUGGAGGCAGCAUUCUGAAUCAACGCUGGAUCCUCACUGCUGCCCACUGCUUCCCAAAGAUACAACAGCAGGUGGACAGGUGGCGAGUUCAGUACGGAGUGACCACUCUGACCUUCACAUUUGCGGCCGCAGUGGACAAGAUUUUUCUUCACUCACAGUAUAUCCUAGAGAGGAAGCCCUAUGACAUAGCACUAAUCAAGCUGAAAAGUGACCUCCGCUUCUCAGAGUCAGCAAAACCUGUCUGCUUGCCCGGAUCCAAUAUGAUUGUGCCAGACAAUGCCCAGCUGUGGGUAACAGGCUGGGGUCACACAUCAGAAGGGGGUGUCUUAGCCUCUCAGCUUCAGGAAGUCGCCAUCAAUAAGAUACCAACAGCUUUGUGUAAUAUUGAGUACAACAAUCAGAUUGUGGAAUCCAUGUUGUGUGCUGGGCGACUCUCAGGCGGCUUUGACACCUGCCAGGGUGACAGUGGGGGGCCUCUGGUGAUGUCUGGGGACUCUUCCAGCUGGGUGCAAGUUGGCAUUGUCAGUUGGGGUGAUGGCUGUGGGCGCAAAAACAAAGCUGGUGUCUACACAAGCGUUCCCUGGUACCUGGACUGGAUAUUUGGGGUGAUGAAGCGGGAGUCGUAAUCACUGCAUGUAACACAUCCUCUCCUGCUCUCACUCGCUGAGCCGCACAGCGGACUGAAGGACUUUAUGUAGAUAUAUUAAUACCAAGGAAUCAUGCUCUGCAGGCACAGGGUAUGUGUUGGUUAUUGGAGCCAAACUCUGCAGGGCUCUUUCAUACUAGGAAACACAAGCCAAACUCUGCGGAGAUUUACCUUUGUUUGGGCAUACUACACCCAAAAUCUGCAAGGGUCUCUCAAUUCUGGCGGAUACUGGAACCAGACUGCACAGUCUAUAAUACAGGGAAUGGAUAUAUUUGUACCCACCCCCAACUUAUUUAUUAUUCCUUUCCACUUCAUAAGACUGAGAACUGACGAAAGGCAGGAAAUCACUGGGAGAAGCAGAUGCAAUUACAGGACACGCUGCCUUUUGACCUGCUGUGUCCUUUCCUGGAUAUUACAUGUGACUGUGUAUAUGGUUAUUUAUAUUUGUAAAUAACAUUUUCAUUGAAGAAUAAACAAUAUUACAAUAAA